AGACAGCGUUCGGUCCGAUAGAGUGCACAUCCGUUUCUCUUCGACUGCAUCUUCUCCUUCGUGAGGUGCUUCUUUGUCAACACACAUAAAUAAUUUUGCGUUCGAAUUAAUUCGCUGCAGUUCCAUCGUUUCAUACACAUUACGCGGUGCACUACAAGCAGCAGAAUUGGGGUAGUUAGGCACAGGUGUCACAGCGUAGCCUUUCGCUCGAGUUGCCUCCUUGGUUUUCUUUUUCUCAUUCACCCUUCGUUUCAUUUUUGUUUCUUUGGUUUCUUCUCCACACGAUGCCGGAGAGCAAUUGGGCGGUGCGGGAAAACGGUGCUCGCAUCGCCGACGUCUCCUCCGAGGCCGCCAACGGCGCCAACGCUGCGGCGAAUCUUCUGAAGGCACACGAGGAGGCGCUUUGGCUGGCUGGGCCGGCGCCGCAGCACGUGACGCUCGCCCUCUCCGCCCAACACCCGCUGCUGCGGUACGCCGGCUGGCACGUGUGGCUCGACCUGCCCACCAACCCCAAAGUCGUCGAGAUCGCAUCUGGACCGUCUCUGGAGCAGCUGCGGCCCAUUCUCGUCUGCGAGGCGCUGCCUGGUGCGGGGACACAGGUGUGGCAGCUGCCUCGCCCCAUCCCAGCCGAGCACACGUUUGUGCGCUUUAAAAUACUCGAGAGCUUCGGUCCCGGGCCAACCUACAUGAACACCCUCGCACUCCUCGCGAACGACCCUGGCCCGAACUACAGCGCCAACGACGACGUACCGGCAGCGACCGCCGUCUCGCCGAGCGCAACAGUAGCGGCAGUCGGUCCGCAAUACGCAAACCCCACGGCGGCCACGCCCUACGCGUCGCGCUUGCCCCUCUCGCUCUCUGGUGUCGGCACCCCGGGCGGAGCAGCGCGCAGCCCGCUGCCUCGCCACGCCACGUCCCUUGCCGCUCCACGAACGCCGCCGGCUGGCAUCAACAUGAGCGUUACCUCAGGCGGCAACGGUGGCGGCGGCCACUCCGAUGACGGAGGUCCGUCCGACGUCGGCGUGUUUGUGAGCACCAACAGAAGGUCCGCGGCGACCUCGAAUGCAGAGGAACCGCUGUCGCCCGCUGAUGCGACCAACCGCGAUGGCAGCUCACGAACCCGCUCGCCGCGAAUGCGCAGCAACAGCCGCAUGCGUCAGCUCCUGCGCGAGCUCGACAACGACAUCAAGCAGCUGAAACCAAUAAAGAGCGUUUCGCCUGGAAAGAACAUGCUCAUGUACCUCCCUCAAGACGCAUCCGGCCUCGAGGCAGACAGCUUCGACGAAAACAUCACACCCGAUCGCAGCGGCCACCGCCGUGGCAGCAACUCGGAUGGCAGCGGCUCCCAAAGGAACACCUCCGGCGAUGGCAAGCACCGUCACGGUCGUCACACGGGUCACAGUGGUAGAGGAAGAGAGGGAGACGACGACGGCGGCAGCAGCGGCAAAGGGGCACGUCAUCCGCACCGCGGCAGCUCUGCCACAUCGGCCACCGGUGGCAACUUCCACGCAGACCCCCAACUACAGCGGGGCAUGCAUCCGGCCCAGAUGGGCAUUGCACUUUAUCCGCCGUCGGCCGAAGUCGCCGGGCCACCACCGCUGCCGCCGUUAAAUGCCACGUACGACGCGCGCCUCAACGCUCUAGAGCAGGCGGUCGCUGCCCUUAACGAGGCCGUCCAGCACCAACGCGACGACCUGACGAUGAUCAAACGGCUGCUGCUUCAGCAAGCUGUCGAGGGCCGCAAGGAGGCGGAGCAGCGCUUUGAGGAAAAGCAGCGCUACGAACGCCUGUUCAGUGUGUCAACCAAUGCCACGGGAAUUCCUUCGAACUCUGCGCUGCCAGCCGCUUCUCCAGCCUCGGGCUUCAUGGCCGAUCAGCGACUGACGCACCGCAGCAUCACGGUCGACUUCCCCGAGGAUACGUUGCGGGUGUUCGUGAACUCCGUACUCGAUCACCGCCUCCGCAAGUACACCAAGAAGCUGGAAGCAAAGCUCCUUCAGCGGCUGGAUACGCAGCUGCACGAUGUUAUCAAGGUGCUGUCGGCCACCGUGGACGGUCAGCUGGCAAACGUGACGAACGUCGCCGCUGCUACCGCCACCGCCGCCGCGACAUCGGCCGCAGGUGCGUCCAUGUCUACGCCGCGGUCGAUGUACGCGGAGCAGGAGAGCACGCCGAGCCAUCGAGGACGCACCUUCUCACCCGUGUCGCAGUCGUCGCGGGGGCUGCACACCUCCCGGGAUGAAUUUGGACACGACAACGUGGACUCCACGCCGCGUCGCGGCGGUGCUGCCUCUUCUGCGUCGUCGAAGGGGGGCGCCUCGCACACGCCGCGCUCGCAAACGGAGACCGGUGUAAGUGCGUUUCAUCCUCGUGCGUGGAGUAGCAAGAGAUAG